AUGCUCGAACUCUACCAUCUCGCCCUUAUAGGCGCCAUCACGGCAGCCGGCCUCCUCCUCCACCGACGCCUGAACCGCGACCCGCGCGAGCCCCCUGUCGUGGGAAGCACAAUCCCCUUCGUAGGCCAUCUAAUCGGCCUGCUACGACAUGGAACAGGGUACUUUGCCAUCCUCACCGAAAAACACUCCCACCCAAUCUUCGCAAUCGACCUCCUGCUCAUAAAAGUCUACCUGGUCAAAUCCCCCGCCCUUCUCGCCGCCAUCCAGCGCACCCGCGCCCUAACAUUCGACCCCUUCGUCACCUUCACGACCGAGCGACUGGCGGGCAUCCGCGGGCCGGCCCUCGAAGCCCUCCGCGAGAAGCAGUCCGGCGGCAGCGGCGGGAACCAGGCGCUCCUGCACGCGAUGCAUCCGACGCUGACGGGGAAGCCGCUCGACCGCAUGAAUGAGCGCAUGGUGCGCUUGCUGAGCCCGCUUGUUGAUCAGCUUAUCGACGAGGGGCAGAAGGGAAGGCCGGUGGAUCUGUACGCCUGGUGCCAGCAUGCGAUUACGUUUGCGAGCACGGAGGCGUCGUAUGGAAGGCUGAACCCGUAUAAGGAACGGAGUGUGGAGGAGGGGUUUUGGUACGCCUGUCGAUUCAACGAAAAUGUCCGCCUCGUGUCUAAUGUCGCUAGGGCCUUCGAGAGUAACCUCUCCCCGCUAAUCGCGGGCAUCGCGCCCUCCCUCACAGCACGCAAGGCAUACAAAGGCCGCGACGCCGCGUACCAGGGAUUCCUAAAAUACUAUGAAGCGGACGGGCAGAAGGACGCCUCGGAACUCACUAUCGCGCGCCACAAGUCCCUGGUGUCCUCUGGUCUAGCCAUCUCCGACAUCGCGCGCAACGAAGUCUCCAUGGGCCUCGGCCUGCUCUCCAACACCGUCCCGGCCUCCUUCUGGAUCCUCUACGACCUGUACCGGCGCCCCGAGCUCCUGCACGAAAUCCGCUCCGAGAUCCGCGCAAACGCCCUCCGCGUCGAGGACGGGAAACACAUCAUCAACGUCCCCGCCAUCCGCGAUAACUGCCCCCUCCUGGUCUCAACAUACCAGGAGAUCCUCCGCGUGCGCAGCGCAUCCUCCCCCACCCGCAUCGCAACGGACGACGUCCUCCUCGCCGACAAGUACCUCCUGAAAAAGGGCUGCGUGGUGAGUAUACCGGGCCAAGCGAUCGCGCGGCGCGACGACGUCUGGGGCGAGAAUGCGCUGGAGUUUAACCCGCGCCGGUUCAUCAAGACGCCGGAGCAUAACCCGCGGCGGACGGGCGGGUUCAUGACGUUCGGCGUGUCGCCGGUUAUUUGUCCGGGACGGCACUUUGCCAGCACGGAGAUAUUGGGCGUUGUUGCGAUGCUUGUUUUGAGGGUUGAGAUUGCGCCGGUUGGUGGGGGGUGGGUGGAGCCUGGCGUUAAUUCUUUGGCGAUUGCGUCGGGGAUGAGGCCUGUUAAGGGCGGUUUUGAGGUCGUUGUUAGGGCGCGGGAGGAGGGGAGGGGGGAGUGGGAUGUUGAGGCGAGGGAGGGGAGUGGCGUGUUUCCGUUGAUGGUUGGGUAG